GCCUCCAACAAACGGCAUUGUUUUGUGAGUUUAAAAGCCUUUUGGUUGCAGCUGACUGUUGAGUCUCUCUUCUCGACCAAACAGAAGAUUUACAUCAUGAUUCCCUCUGUUACACUCAACAAUGGAGCCAAAAUGCCUAUUUUGGGUUUAGGAACAUGGAGGUCAGAACCAGGAAAAGUCACUGAGGCUGUUAAGGUGGCGAUAGGUGCUGGUUACAGGCACAUCGAUGGUGCAUAUGUAUACCAGAAUGAAGAAGAGGUCGGGGCUGGUAUUGGUGCCAUGAUUCAAGAGGGAGUGGUGAAGAGGGAGGAUUUGUUCAUCGUCAGUAAGUUGUGGUGUACCUUCCAUGUUCCAUCCCUGGUGAGGAAAGCUUGUGAGAAGACGCUCAGUGACCUGAAACUGGACUACCUGGACCUGUACCUCAUGCACUUCCCCAUUGGCAUCAAGCCAGGCGAUGAGAUUUUCCCCUUGGAUGAAGAAGGCCAGGUAUUUCCAGAUGGCAGCAACUUCCUGGACACUUGGGAGGCCAUGGAAGAGCUUGUAGAUGCUGGAUUGGUCAAGGCUAUUGGCAUCUCCAACUUCAACAAGGACCAGACUGAGGCCAUUCUCAACAAACCAGGCCUCAAGUACAAACCUGCCAACAACCAGAUUGAGUGUCAUCCGUACCUGUGUCAGGAGAAGCUGAUCAACUACUGCCACUCAAAGGGCAUCUCUGUGACUGCUUACAGUCCACUGGGAUCCCCGGACAGACCUUGGGCUACAGCUGAAGAACCCUCCUUGCUUGAUGAACCCAAGAUCAAGGCCAUUGCUAAAAAGUACAACAAGACUGCAGCUCAGGUUCUCAUCCGGUUCCAUAUCCAGAGGAAUGUGAUUGUCAUUGCUAAAUCCGUUACACCCAGUCGCGUCAAGGAAAACUUCCAGGUGUUUGACUUUGAGUUGAGUGAAGAAGACAUGAAGAGCCUGCUGGGUUUGAACAAAAACAGGAGAGGGUUUCCUCUACCAUGGGCCACAAAACACAAAGACUUUCCUUUCAACACCGAAUACUAACUCAUCAGACAGUACAGUACCCUGGGUUGUCUUUUUAUCACUAAUUGAGCUGUUCUUAUUUCCAUCCAUGUGCAAAGUUAUACUCAUGAAGACAGAAACUGAUUAACUAACCACAGCUGGUAACCUUUAACUGGACAAGUAUUAAAGUGGAAUGUUCUCAACUGAACCAUACGUUUAUGUAGCUAAAAAAUGGUUUAAAGUUUGCACUAGUUGUUUUCCUUAUCAUUCUGAAUGUAAAGCACUGUGAACUGGUCUCCUACAUGAUACAUGCUAAUAAAUACUCUUUUUGAUCA